AUGGACAACAUCGACGAGGAAUAUGACCGGCUCGUUGAACACCUUCGCGACUGCGCGAAGAAGACUGAGAGUUCUAAAACCACCAAGAGACGCCUGUCUCUUGAAACUCUUGAGCUGGUAUGCCGGCGUGGAGCAGCACGAGCCGCAGGCAACCAAGAGCUCACGUCCGUGCUCGCAAGGCUUUGCAGAGAGGCGAUAAAGGAAGACGUUAAAGAGAAAAGAGCAGAAGUACUGGCUGAAGCUGCAGAGGCGGGGAAAAGCAUCCGCUAUGCCAGUCGAGACUUCGCCAGUCCCAAGACGAGGAUGACUGCUCUCCGGAACCCAAAGGGAACCAGAGGUUCUCCCGUCCGAAAAACGACAUGCUAUCAUGUCGUACUCAUCAAUACCCUGGCGAGGCUCUUUACACGUUACCUGUCGGAAUGCAAGGUUCUUAAACAGUGGAAGACCAGCAAGACCAUGUUGCUGUAUAAAAAGGGAGAUCCACAUGACAUCGGCAACUAUCGCCCAAUCUGCUUACUGUCCGUCAUCUUCAAGCUCUUUACAAGAGUGAUCCUUAAUAGGAUUGAAAAAAUCUUGGAUGAAAGACAGCCAUGCGAGCAAGCAGGGUUUCGAAAAGGAUUCAGCACGAUUGACCACAUUCACACUGUUUCGAAACUCAUCAAGGUAUCACGAGAGUACAAGAUGCCGCUCUGUCUCACCUUCAUCAAUUUAAAGAAGGCCUUCGACUCAGUUGAGACGGAAGCGGUCGUGGAAGCCUUGGACAACCAAGGCGUCCCUACUCAGUACAUAAAGGUAUUUCGAGAGUUGUACAGUAACAUCACGACCAGGAUUGCGCCAUUAUACAACAAUAUCAUCAUUGACGUGAAGAGGGAGGUCCGACACGGUGACACAAUCUCACCCAAAAUAUUCACAGCCACCCUCGAGAACGCAAUGCGAAAGUUGGAAUGGGACGACAUGGGAGUGAAGGUCGACGGUUGGCAGCUACACCAUUUGCGCUUUGCUGAUGACAUCGUACUGAUAACACCUAGCAUCAGCCAAGCAAAACGAAUGCUGACCGAAUUCGACGAAACAUGUGGAUGCAUCGGUCUUCAGCUGAAUCUAGACAAGACGAUGUUCAUGCGGAACGGAUGGGUCUCGGAUGCCCCAUUUACGCUCAACGGAACGAACAUAUCCGAAAGCACCAGCUACGUUUAUCUGGGUCGGGAACAGAACAUGAUGAACGACCUGACCUUCGAGCUGGGCAGGAGGAGACGAGCGGCUUGGGGAGCGUAUAAGAGCAUCGAGAAUGUAGUGAAGAAGACCAGGAACACCCGGCUCCGUGCUCACCUCUUCAACACCACCGUACUUCCUGCUUUGACCUAUGCUUCGGAAACCUGGGCAUUUCGCAAGCAGGAAGAAAACGCGCGCACUACAGGAAGACUGCCGACCCGAUGGUCAGAUUUCUUCACGAAGUCCUUCAAAGAAAAGUAUGGUGCUCUUCGUGUCCCACGCGAAAAGAGGAACCACUGGGCUACUCUGGCACGCGACCGGGACAAAUGGAAGAAUUACUGGCGCCCGCUCGACCAUUUCGAAGAUCAACGGGAGCCAAGGGAUUCUGACAUCGACGCUUUGCUUUCCACUUUCAACAAAGUUCUUGAUCUCAAUCCAAGAUAUGAUGCGCAUAUUGCUGAUGCGUUUGAUUUUAUACUGCAAGCCAAUAGUCAAAGGAGAGUUCAUUCCGUUAUUCUAGUUGGUAUAAGCGAAAAAUUUGUUCAAGAAACAUUUCCAACGGCUCAAAAGUUGAUGAAUCAAGGAUUCGAAAUCUUCUCCAUAUCCAUCGGUUCCGCUAAUUUCUCGUCCUUGUCAACAAACGCAUCUUAUGCCUUCAACAUAUCAACUGCUCACGAGGCUAGUGAAUCCAUAACUGUGGCCAGCAACGUUGGAAACAUGUUGUUUUCGGAGUCUUCAAUUUGCUUUCAUGGAACAGCAGCUCAAACAACAACCACGAAAACAGUGAUGCAAACAUCAACAUUUCCGGCAGUGGCCACCUCAACAUCGACAUACUGCGAACAUCCAAUGAUAAAUCAAGACAUCGCUUUCGUUGUGGAGUUUUCUACCUCUUCCGGCGAUUUGAACGCUUCUCACGCGGCAUCAAACUUCAUAACACAAUACUUUAUAACAAGUUCGGAGUUCGACGACACAUAUUCCAAUUACGCAAUUGUUCCCUUCCCGAACGCCUCGACUUACAGCAGUCUCAGUGGAGGAGCGCAAGACUUUGGCACACUGCGAACUACGGACUUCUCAGCUACUUUUCAAAUGUUGUUCAGGCUCUUCGCCAAUGAAGACGUAUCUGACAUCAAAAGUGGGUUGUCGUACACCUCCGACCACGAGUUCCGAUUGCUUCAUGACGAAAAUCCUCGCACAAUUUUACUCUUUGCUAACAGCAAGCGCCCGUUUGCUCGAAUGCAGUAUCUCAAGGAAGAAUCAAGUAAUCUGCCAAGGCAGCAAGGCUUCGUCUUUGCAAACCCUUCAUCCUUUUCAGCGUUGGAACGAAAUCCUGAAAUCUUCAUAGGAAUGCAAGGUGGUAGUCUUGAGGGCGUUCAGUCUGCAGUGGACAUGGCAACAGAACUCAAAUCGAAGAACGUGACCAUUCUAACCAUAGCAAUGAGUGACGGAGACCUUGUAGAUCUCCUCCCUAUUUCAAGUUCAUCGGAAUAUAGUUGGAACUUGUCAGUGAAAAACACGUCGACGUACCAGCUGAUUGCGACCAAAAUUAUUUCACAACUACAGCGACUCGGCAGUGUAUGCAUCCAGUAG